AUGUUAUAUUGGGGACCCACAGCUCACGAACCAGAGUUGAUGUUGGGUCCCCAAUGUACAUAUCUAUUUAUUUGGGAACUAUCUCCGUUAAAGUUCCCUGGACUCCUUGAGGCGGCCUACAAAGAUGCCCUGGGUCCUCAGGGAUCCAUGGGCUUAGAAAUGCCCCCCGGGGAUGGGUCAACCUCCCUAGGAAACUGGGAGCAAGCUUACUUCCAAUGCGAGACGCUCUCAGAUGCUAAGAACCUUGACCAGCUCAGAAUGGUCAAUGAGAAGAGAUAUUUAUUGAUAGAGGGCUCCGGCCCUGGCUGCAUCUGGUGCCGGGGGGCAUUCAAGGGGAGUUCCGGUGGCGAUUAUGUUCAUAGGGGGGCUCCGGCCCCUCCUAUGUUCAUAAGGGCUCCGGCCCUCCUACCCCCAGAUGCAUGGUUCGCAAGAAUAGAAGGGCUCCGGCCCUCAUCGUCCUAG